UUCAAAAAAUUAAUUUCCUGAUUUUUUUUUUUCAAAAUUGAUUUUUGUUUUUCAAUAUAUAGUCGUAUAGAAAAUCAAGUUUCCUCUGAAACGAGUACCUACAAGACAUAUUCAUCAUUGUCAUUCAAAAAAAUCCCCGGCAGAUCCGAAUUACGGACUACCAAAAUGUCUUGUGACCCGGACGAAUUGAUGUCAACACUCGAAAAAUCUGAUGCAGCAACAAUUAAAACCAUCGUGUCCAACCUACCCGACCCAAAUGCCCCAGUUUACUUUGGAGAGACUUUGCUGUACUUAGCGACUAGCAAAGGCAACCUGGACCUCAUCAGCCAUUUAGUCGGCUCUGUUGACCUUAACGCCCAAGGGUUCUCUGGACCUGCGUUACACGAAUCGAUAGUCAACGGCCAUCAGGAUAUCACGUCAUUUCUGAUCCAGAAUGGCGCUGACAUAAACCAGACAUCGACUUAUAUGUACCAAGAUGGCUUCUCGCCCCUUCACACCGCCAUUUUGGCAUCAAACGCGCCUGCUACCGAACUGUUACUCAAAAUGGCCGCCGAUGUCAACGCCAGAGAUUCGAGAAUGAACACUCCCCUGCACAUCGCAUCUCAAACCGGAAACUACCACGCAGCAGCUCUGCUUCUGAGUCACGGCGCGUCCAUGGCCGCCAUUAACUCCUACAACGAGACGCCAUUUUGUGUAGCGAUAGACACAGGAAGCUUAAAUAUUCUCAAGCUGUUCCUCACUAACGGAAUUCAUAAAAAAGACCCGCAGCUUCUCAACAAUUCUCUCAAACGCGCGAUCGACACCAGAAAUGUCCAUGUAGUUCAGUUUAUGAUCGACAAUGGCGCUGAUGUCAAUUUCGUGUCUCCGUAUAAGAAAUUCACGCCUUUACACUUCGCAAUCGCUGCCGAUGAACUCAAAAUCAUUGAAACUCUGCUACAAAAUUCUGCGAACGUUCUCUCGCGUUCCGAAAGUGAUUCGCUACCGAUUUUUUACGCCGAUCAUCAGAAAAAAAGUGCGAUGGUCGAUUUAUUAUUAGAUCGACAUUCUGAAAUAGAUCUAGAGCAUGGAAAAGAAUUGAUUUACGAAGCUGUGAUGAAUGAUUGCCCUCUGGUGGUCGAGAAACUUCUAACCCACCGACUUUAUAAUUUGAAUGUCGACGACUUAACUGCCAGCGGUGUCAGAUUACUCGACGCGGCUAUUUUGAAUAAAAAAGAAUCUAGUGCCGAUGUGCUGCUCAAGUGUGGCGCUAAUUCUGAGCUUAGAUCUCAAGGAGUCACUACUAUCGACUUAGCAUUUCGGUGCAAAAAUUACUACUUUAUCUACAGCUGGUUAAAAUACGGAGGUGAUUUUUAUAAUUAUCACGCAAACCAGCCGCUUUAUCUCUCACGGCUGGAGAAAAUAAUCGAAAUGAAUGACUCUCAUGAAUACGGUGCGUAUGUAAUGGAGUGGGAGUUGAGGGACCACCUGAUUUUGAUGAAAUCUGCGGGAUAUUUUACCCACAGUCGGUACGACGAAUUAACAGACGGCUACGGCACGCGCGAGAAGGCUUCGAUUGAGUGGGACUGCGAACAAGAACUGGAGAGGGCUAAGAGAACUUUUGUAGGCGGUGUCAGUUGUUGGGAUUUGCUGACAAUGGGAGACAGAAGACUGAUGACCUGGUCCAGAAAACCGGAAGUUAAGACUAUUAUGGAGGAAGGAAAAUUUGAAAUACCCUUCCGUUAUUGCGACCGGUGGUUGAUGAGUUGCUAUAGAAGGGGGGUUAGGAGACCGGGAUUGGUUAAUAAGUUCGGUGAGUGCUUUGGGGAAAUUUUUAGUGACUUGGGAUUCGAUGAAGUCGAGAAAGUUCUGAUUUAUUUGACCAAUGAUGACAUUGGAAAUUUAAUUUACGUUUGCGAAGGCCAGUGAAGAAAUAGUGGGAAUCAAGUGCACAGAAAAAAAGGAAAUCUUGAAACAAGAAAUAAAAUGUCUUCGAAAUUUUUUUUUUGAAACAAGCGAAAUUUCUCUAUUAAUAAAAUAAAGAAGGGAAAAUAAUAAAAUUAUUUUCUUCAAUUUUGUUAAAAAACUCAAUUGACUAUUCUACUAUUUUUUAAAUCAUUAACAUUGUAGUUGUCAUAUAUUAUUUGUUUUGAUUUUAUCGGUUAACCUUAUUCUAUUCUAAAAUAAUAGUGUUUAUUAUUUAUUAAAAUUUUUUAUACUUAAUUUUUUUAUCGAAAUAUAUUCAAUUUAAUUUUCUCUAUCAAAAAUACAAUUACACUUUUUUAUUUAUAUCAUUAUAAAUUUUUAUAUUUUGAUUUUAUAACGAAUUUUUAUUUUUUACACCGAUUUUAUAUAUCUUUUAUAAUUCUCGAGCAUGAUUUUUUGUAGCCAUCAGAUGUCGUUUUCGUCACGCUCCCUGCCAAUUUCUGUCUCUUUAGUUUUUAUGCGGCGUUGCCAAAUGAAAAUACUACUCUAGCCAAAUUACACAUAGAACUAAUUUGACACCUGUGGUAACGGUAGUAGGGG